CGCCGUGAUGGUCCCCGACGCAGAAGGGGGCCGCGGCGUCGGCGGGCGGAGGAUUGCCGAUCGAUGGGCAGGGCACGUCGAAGAGUGGCGGGCCACCUGCCCAGUCGAUCAAGAGAGGUCGCAAUACGCUGAAGGCAGAACUUAAAGAGUGCCCUCAGCUAGCGAGAACGAAGGAUCUGGAGGAAGGGCCCGAGGAGCGUCUCCUAGAAACUAAGUUGGAAGAAUUGGAAAUGGUGGGCGAAUUUCGGAGUAGCCCAGCGACGCGGGAAGCGCGAGAAUUAUUAAAGGCGGACGACGUUGGUGAAGUUCGGGGUAGCCCGUCGCCGCAGAGUCUAGUAGACAACGGAAAGCGGAGGAAAUCGGAUAUUUUCUUAGACGACGUGGGACGUUCAGCGGAGGUGCGGGGUGAGCAAAGGGGCUCCCCGCUAACAGCAAGAGCGAAGGACUUGGAGAUGGUGGACAAGCUUCAGAGUAGCCCAGCGGCGCGGGAGGCGCGAGAAGCACUGAGAGCGGAUGACGAUGGUGAAAGUCAAGGUGGUCCGCCACCGCAAGGGCCAGGAGGUCGCGAAGAGGACGAAGAGAAUGCGGAAUCUUCCCCCGGCGACACAGGGUGGUCGGGGGAUCUGGAGGACAAGCGGAAGGAGCUUCUGGGGGCGAAGUUGGCGUUUCUUGGGGGACUGGAAGGAGUGAGUGAUUGAUGAACAGGUAGACGAGUGGAUCCGAGAUGGGGCUAUCGAGCCAUCGCGGAGUUCGCGAAGCGCGCCCAUCGUAUUAGUACAGG